GUCCAGACCUCUGAGAUCAGUCUGGUUGUCCAGGCCUUCAGGUUUACACAACUGAAUGCAGAUGUGUAUAUCCAUUGCCGCUUGCUGGCCUGGGACCCUGCCCAGCUCAAUGACCCCACCAAGAAAGCCUGUUCAUUCAACCAGAGAACCAGGAGCUGGGAGCUCCUGGAUAACCCUGGUCGGAGCUCUGUGUGCAGCUGCUGUACUUCCAACUGCAAUCUCAGGAAGAGGAGGGACACGGCUGAAGAGUGGCUGAGACGCAUUGCAGUGCUGGGACCCCUGAGGAUCCUUCCUGAAGAGCUGUUUGCUGGAAGCCAGGAAUUCUACCAGAGGAGCCCUGCUUUGUCACUUGAGGAGCACCAGCAGGCUCUGGCCUGGUUGCCUUUUCUGGCUGCUCCCCUGCUCCUGAUGGCUGUCCUGGGAGCCCUGUCUCUGGGCUGCUACAUGUGUGGAGUCAUCCCAGACUCUGCUCCAAGUCCAGCAGUGAGCUCCUCGUUCCUGUUGAUGAAAUGCACCCAGCAGUUGGCACGGUUUUCGGCACCUCGCCAGCAAGGCUAA